GCCUGGGUGCCUCAUGCACCCACAGUAGCUAACCCGCAGUCGCAGGUGUUUGAGGGGAGAUUGUUCGGGUAUGAUGAGGCCAAGUGCGUUGAUCUUGUACGUUGCAUUAGGGGGUAGCCUCCCGCUAAUAGGCUGUUCUCGCGGAUUUGGGCGAAGACUGCUGAUGCAAGGCCGCACGGCGGCGGACGAGUGGGAAGCGUCAACUAGGCAAGGGAUUCUGGAGAGCGCGGCGAUUGAGGCGGGGCGUGAGAGCCAAGAGUCCCACCCUUUAAGAACCCAAGACUGGACGCUUCAGAUUCGUUCAAGCCCGUGGACCCGGCGAGAGCAGGAGGUGACAUUCCAUCGCAAUGGCACCAUGUCGAGCAAUGACGGCAACAAGGGAGAGUGGUGGUUCGAUGUCGGUGGACUCUAUUGGGACGUAAACACCACAAUUCGAGCUGCUCCAACAGUGCUCCACCACAAGGCUGAGCUGCACUGGAAUGUCUUCGGUUCGCAGCCUCGAAUGUUCAGAGGCACCAUCACCCGGGACCGCCUCCCCAAUUCACCACUGCCACCGUGGCUGUUCCGACCUGUUGUCGGCUCAUUUAUUGGAUCAGGUGUCGGUGAUGACACCGCCGACACGUCGUACAGGCACCGACAAACAGGAACGAGCGAGCAAGCGGGUGCACCCCCCCCGAGAAGAACGGAUCGCUACUAA